GGAUAGACCUUGGAUCCAGUCCUAGGCUGGCUUGAUCAACAGGAAUAGAAAUAUUCUCCCUUAUCAUUCUGUCUCAACAAAUGUUUCUCUCUCAAGAAAACAACUCAUAGCUAUGUUAUGUCCCAUUGACGAUCAGGCGAGGAUCAGAAAAGGAGGGAGUGAGAGGAAAGCAAAGCGAAAGGAGUAGGCUAGUAUAGAGCAACCAACGAGACAAAAGAGACUGCAUUGAAUGUGGUGGUUUCCGUCUCGGAAGCCACAUAAUAUAGCCACAUUUUCUCUUUAUUCUAGACGGUGAGAAUACACCGGGGAGGGGACCAUUUACUUGAAGAGAAGGUGAAAUUCUACUCUUUCGAAGUGCGUAGUCACGAGGACUCUAAACAUCUAGUCGUGGACUGGGUGCAUCUUUACUACAUCGAGUGUUCUUUUUCUGUGGGUUGGAGAUCGACCAGAACAAAGGGAGUCUUGAGCAAGGAGUGAGUGAGUGAGCGAGCCGAGCCCCAUUAGUCAUCACCGCCUCUGAAACCAGGCCAAAUGCGUCUCUGAAAGCGACAAUAUACAGUUUUCUCAAUUUCUGUCCGAAUAUUUUUGCCAAUAAGAGGAAGAAGAUUAAAAAAACAUCAAUCGGCGCCCAAAAUGUUUCCUCAAAAUCGACCCCCGGCACCUCUCCAGCCACCCCCUGGGUCCUCGGCGUCGGCAGCUGCAGCUUCGGGAACCCCCCAGGCCCUGAAGCUCACAUACCCAGAGACCCUGGACCGCAUCAAGGAGGAGUUCCAGUUCCUCCAGACCCAGUACCACAGCCUGAAGAUGGAGUGUGAGAAACUGGCCACAGAGAAGACUGAGAUCCAGAGACACUACGUCAUGUAUUACGAGAUGUCCUACGGCCUUAAUAUUGAAAUGCACAAACAGACAGAGAUCGCCAAGCGGCUGAACGUGAUCUGUGCCCAGCUCAUCCCUUUCCUGUCACAGGAGCACCAACAACAGGUGGUCCAGGCCAUGGAGCGCGCCAAGCAGGUGACUAUGGGGGAGUUAAAUGCGUCUAUAGGGCAACAGCUGCAGGCGCAGCACCUCUCUCAGCACGUGGCCCAGGGCUUGCAGGGCCUGCAGGGUCUGCAGGGCCUGCAAAUGGGGCCCCACCCUGGGGGCCUCCCUCACCCUGGCCUGGCGCUGGGCGGUGGGUCUGGCCUAUUGGCCCUGUCCGGGGCCCUGGGGGCACAGCUGGCUGCCAAAGAGGGCCAUGAGAGGGCCCACAUGGAGGCUGCCGCUGCUGCAGCCGCCGCAGAGCACCACAGAGGCUGGCUGCGGGGACGCGGGGCGAUGCUGUCCAUCAUGGACGUAGACCGCGAGGCUGGACCAAGCUCUAUGUCCAACGGGGAUAAGGGCCGUUCAGCAGACUACCUCAGCAAUGGGAAGAAGAGGAAAGCUGACGAGAAGGAGUUCAUGACAGAUUAUGGCAGCGAUGCGGAUAAGAGUGAUGAUAAUUUGGUGGUGGAUGAGGACCCCUCAUCCCCCCGCAGUGUGCACUCCUACUCGUCCAGAGAAAACGGCCUGGACAAACUGCCCCCCUCCCGUAAAGACGCCCUUCCCCAGGCCAGCCCCGCCUCCCUGGCCUCCUCCAGCAGCCAAGCCUCCCCCUCCCGCAGCAAGGACCGGGAGCCGCCGAGGGAGAAGUCCAGUACCCCAGGUAUGAAGCCAGGCACCCCCCACAGUUCCCAGGACUCCUCCACCCCUGGCCCCAGUGCCCCCCCACAGUUCCGCUCCCUCCCUGGCAAACCUGGCGUUGACCCUCUGGCUCUAGGUCUGAGGAACCCUCUGGCGGUGCAGGGGGCGUACCCCCCCGGGGCAUUUGGCCUGCCCCCUCCAGGGGUGAAUGGGGAACUGGCGGGGGCAGCAGCAGCCUACGGGGCUGGGCUCCACCUGGUCUCCCCCCAGAUGAAUGGCUCUGCAGCCGCAGCAGCAGCUGGAUACGGACGAUCAGCAGUGGUGGGUUAUGAGUCUCCUCACCCCCACAUGAGGGUCCCAGGGUUACCCGCCAGCCUGCAGUCUGCUGCCUCAGGAAAGCCUGCUUACUCUUUCCAUGUCAGUGCGGAUGGACAGAUGCAGCCGGUGCCUUUCCCUCCGGAUGCCCUGCUGGGUCCGGGCAUCCCGCGGCAUGCCCGUCAGAUCCACACUCUGAACCACGGGGAGGUGGUGUGUGCCGUCACCAUCAGCACCUCCACACGUCACGUCUACACCGGCGGCAAGGGCUGUGUCAAGGUGUGGGACAUCAGCCAGCCUGGCAGCAAGAGUGCCAUGGCCCAGCUUGACUGUCUGAAUAGAGAUAACUACAUCCGUUCCUGCAAGCUCCUCCCUGAUGGGCGGACCCUCAUUGUUGGAGGCGAGGCCAGCACGUUGUCAAUCUGGGACUUGGCCACACCUACUCCCCGCAUCAAGGCGGAGUUGACGUCUUCUGCCCCGGCCUGCUACGCUCUGGCCAUCUCCCCCGACAACAAGGUCUGCUUCUCCUGCUGCAGUGACGGCAACAUCGUAGUCUGGGACCUGCACAACCAGACCCUGGUCAGGCAGUUCCAGGGUCACACUGACGGGGCCAGCUGUAUUGACAUCUCCAACGAUGGGACCAAACUGUGGACGGGGGGGCUGGACAACACAGUACGCUGCUGGGACCUGAGAGAGGGACGGCAGCUGCAGCAGCAUGACUUCACCUCACAGAUCUUCUCUCUGGGCUACUGUCCUACAGGAGAGUGGCUGGCAGUGGGCAUGGAGAGCAGUAAUGUAGAAGUGCUGCACGUCUCCAAACCAGACAAGUACCAGCUGCACCUCCACGAGAGCUGUGUGCUCUCACUCAAGUUCGCCUACUGUGGUAAAUGGUUUGUGAGCACAGGCAAAGAUAACCUCCUGAACGCAUGGCGGACACCCUAUGGAUCAAGCAUAUUCCAGUCAAAGGAGUCGUCUUCGGUGCUCAGCUGUGACAUCUCCCCCGAUGACCAGUUCAUUGUGACGGGCUCAGGUGACAAGAAGGCCACUGUGUACGAAGUUAUCUACUGAGGAAGGAGCGCUCCGAUUGGAUAAAGUGGGGGCUAGGCUCCCCUGGUGCACCAAGGACUGUAAAGAGAGUGGCGGGUGUCGUGGAGACCAGAGACACACGUUGUACUUUGUUGUUUUGUUUACGUUUGUAAAGGAUUCAGAUGAGGGCGAAGUCGGAUCUCUGGAACUUUGACCUUUAAAAAAAAAUGCUCUGAGAAAAAGCUGGUAGUCUAGCGACACAAUGCGGGAUUCUUCCAAAGACCUGUUUUUUUCCUCUCGUUUUGUUACCUUUUUUCCUGUUUUAAACAAAAUGAAACCUCUGUAGUAAACAAAACAUUUGCAAAAAGAUAAACUUUUUUUUUCCUUUUGAAUUCUUGACAAGCAGUAGGACCAUGGUGUGCGUGCACGUACCGAGGGAGAUAAGGGGGUUGUAAGGGCUGUGUGGAAGGGGGUUAGAUUCAGCAACAAUAUGGUUGUAUUAUUAUACAUGGUGAAAGGACAUACCACUACCCAGGAUAUGAAACUAAAAUGUACAUGUUAAAGGUAUUCUGCAAUUUCAGGGAAAUGGCUACUUACUCCAAGUCGACAACGACGUUAGUGUUUUCUAUUGUAUUUGUAGGGUACAUAGACAGGUAUUUUCACUACUACAUCGUGACAUUUGAACUCGGUGUAUAUAUAUAUAUAUAUAUAUAUAUAUAUAUAUAUAUAUAUAUAUAUAUAUAUAUAUAUAUAUAUAUAUAUAUAUAUAUAUAUAUAUAUAUAUAUAUAUAUAUAUAUAUAUAUAUAUAUAUAUAUAUAUAUAUAUAUAUAAAAACUGUAAAUAAAGCUCUAAAGGCAAAAAAAAGAACAGGUUGUAUUUGCUUAGAGCUGGGGAGAAAAAUAAAUUGUGCAACUAUUGAAAAACUAAUUGUAUGAUUUAAUUUGUAUGAUGAUAUUUCCUUUAUAGUUUUGAGUAUCUAAUUUGAAUUGCAUAUUCCCAAGAGAAGCAGGGCUGUAACUAACCACAUAGGACUGAUGGGUCUGGGAAGGUGGGUAAGAUCUCUGCAGCCACACAGCUCAGUGGGAGUUUUGAUAUGGGUCUGUCUGCUGGUUUUUAAUGUCAUUGUGUCCCAAACUGGAAAUGGAGCCGAGUAGGACUUGCCUCUAACUUCAGUGUCCUCUCAACCCCCCCUCCCCUACACACACCCGGUGUACUCUCUAUAUAGUGUAGCUCUGCUCAGAACAGCCUCAACCAUGAGUAGGGCUCAUAUCCAAAGGUGGACAUGGUCCAGGAGUGGGCAGUUCUGCCUCUGUACAGAUGGAUGAUAAAGCAAUGUGUUCCAAGCUACUGUGUGACCCCUGUAAAUUUGAAUGGUCUGAUGAGUGUACAUGUUGAGAGAUGUCAUAUAAUAGCGAUGUCAUGGAGGCCCUCCGGGACCAUGUCUUAUAACGAACUCUCAUUAGGAGUGGGAUGAAGUUGCCUGGGCCUAGACAAUGAUCUAUGGGCAACAUCGACCUGGAGGAGUAGGUGAUGAUGGGAUGAUUAAGGUGGAUGUUACCACAUUCUCUCUCUAGAAGGGGAAGAUGGGGAGCCAGUGCGUGGCCAAGGGAAGGACCUGUGGGGCAGGUGAAAGAACUCUGGGAGUGCUGUGGGUGCGAUGGUCUGGGGGAGUGGGCGAGUUCAUUUUGCAUGGCCCGGUGCCCUGGGUGUGCAGAGUUCCAUUGGUCCUUAAGUGAACUCUCCACCCACCUGAGGCUCCGGGCCAUGCAAAAUGAACUAGCCCAUUGAUGUGGGCGAUGUAAUGAGACUAAUAAACUAUUUUGUAUGGUU